AUGGCGGAACAACAACAACAUCGUGUGCGUCAACCAAGGAUAUUUAGAGACAGGAAAGAUGUGCUAAAUAAACUCAGUGAUCGUGAACUCAUCAAGAGAUACCGACUAGACCGUGCAGGAAUUGUUUUUGUGACAAUUUUAGUGCGAGAAGUGCUCUCAAGACCAACACUGACAAACAAAGCUCUCACUCCUGAGAUGAAGGUGUUAAUAACAUUAAGAUACUUAGGAACUGGAAAAAUGCAACUGUGCAAUGGUGAUGAUCUAGGAGUGUCACAACAAACUGUGAGCAGGGUCAUCACUGAAACACUGGAUGCCUUACCAAGUCAGUUUGAGGCAGAGUACGUCAACCGCAAGAGAUACCAUAGCAUCAAUGUACAGGUGGUCUUUGAUGCCAAAUAUAGGAUAAUUGACUUGGAAGCUAAAUGGCCAGGCUCAGUUCAUGACUCUCGCAUCCUGAAUGAAAGUGGCUUAAAGACCAUGUUUGAGACGGGUGUUGUACCAGCUGGUUGCCAUUUGCUUGGAGACAGUGGGUAUGGGAGCAAGACUUGGCUGCUGACCCCAUAUCUUCGACCCCAGCCUGGAUACCAAUUACACUACAAUAGCGAAAUUCGUGUCACUCCCCCAGCAAAAGUUUGCAAGAUUAUUUUUGUCUGUGGUGUACUGCACAACAUAUGCAAACAAAGAAAUAUUCAACUCCUUCUGGAAGAUGACCAACCACCAGCAGAGGCAGAGAACAACAUAUGGAUGGAUGACGAAGAGGAUGGUGAUGGAGCCGAGCAACCUCCUGCAGGUCAUCUUGCCCAUAAUGGACUGCUCUACAGAGAGUUUGAAAGACUCCAUUUUAAAUAA